AUGCCCGAAGUCGCCGCCGACAAAGGCAAGAACGGACGGCUGUCCAACGCCGCCAAGGCGGGGCAUCGCCGCCACGUCUACCAAAACCCCAAGACCUCGAGGAUCGAAAGGGGCUGGAUGCAGCAGGAGCUUAAUCGUGGCCGCACCUUCAACACUAUGCGCAACCUACCCGGCACCCACAUCGACCACACGAGAAACCAUCCUGAUUUCUGUCGUACCCAAUGGGCGUCAGACAACAGUAGCCGUGGUGCUCGUCUUGGCAAGGAAGGUGAAGCCAUCCGCACCCGUGCACAGCCCAAGGCGCAAACAACGGGAUGGAAAGGCCCACGCGGCGGCGGCGGCAGCAGCAGCAGCAGCGGCAUUGGUAAAAGUGUCGGUGCUGGCACUCGUAGCGCUAUGCAGGCAGCAAGCCGCACCGCCGCCCGCCAGACUGCACUGCGCACAGGCGCACGGAUUGCUGGCAGAUGGCUUGCGGGUGGUGCCGCGCGCGUGCUUCUGUGCAGCGUGCCUGGUGGCGCAUUUUUCUCGGCCGCGCUGCUGGCCGUCGACCUCUACAUGAGCUACUACAACACUUGUGGGGGCGACGAUGGUGGCCCCGGUCGUGGAAAUCGCGAGAUGGCCCGCGAUCCGGGUGGGGUAGCCGUUCCUCGUGGAAAUCUGGAGGCCUUCAGCAAAGCCCCAGAACUUGCCGCCGACGAUGCCGCUGCCGUGCUGGCCAUUCUUAUACCCCGUGCGGAGGCGGAGCUUCAAGGUCUUCCCUUCAGCUCUCGCACGGGUGACCUGCACUCCGCCGUGGUGCAGAUCGUUGUGGCAGAACUCGCCACUAGCAUCUACGUCGACAACGCCUACCCGUUUUUUUCCCUUCAUUUCAACAAGGAUGCCUGCCUUUACCCCGUGCUGCACCCGCUGCUGCGCGAGACGCUCGUGGGCCACGUCAUCGCCACGCUGGACUACUACCUCAAGGGGUUCCUCAACGGCGGCGUGUACCCCGUUGAAUACCUGAUGAACUGGCACGAAGGCAGCUGCGGGGUGCAGCGUGAGGAGCUUAGGCAACACGUUGUUGACCUCCGCACCUUGGUGGCAACCCACGGUGGCGAGGGGGUUGCGUAUAAGUCACUUCUCGAGAUGCUGGCUGAGGCUGGCGUCGCAGACCUUGUAAGAGGGACCGAUCAGCCCGAAGAGGCCACCAGCACCGGCAAAACCACCGACGCAUCGGCCAGCAAGUUCCGCACCAGUUUUCGCAUUAUCGGGACCCUGGAGCGAGCCGAGCGCGAUGGUGACGUCGUCGCCUUGGUGCCCGGUUUUCGUGUCGAAUACACGGUGGAGACCACACCUGCUUAUCAGAAGGUGUUAGACGCUCAUCUUGCUGAGCAUGGCGUGUACCCAGAUGGCUAUGCCACUGUGCAGCGUGUGUAUGCGCGCGCGGCUCGGGCUGCAGAGCAAGUCAUGCCCCGCAUCCCUCUCUUUGCCCCCUACUUUGCCAUGCUCCGCAUCAUCACAGCCUGCUCCGCACUGGUGACGUCGCUUCGGUCGACAGGGAAACUGCCACUCCUGAGUCUGCCAGUCGAUGCAUUCCGCACGGGGGCCAACUGCAAGCUGACACGCCUGACACCUCCUUUGUAUCCCCCCCUGCCCGUGCGCUACUACAAGCAGCACGUCAUUUCGAUACGUCUGCUAGACCUCGUCAACCAGCUGCGUGCCAACGACAACCUUUCUGCUCUCACGCUAGACUCGCGUCACACACGAGCCUUUGAGCCCUCCAAGCUGGAUCGUGAGAUGGAGAGGCUUUCCUUACGCGUCUUUGAACCAAUGGCCGACGUUACUUCCGCCGUCCAAGCUGCUGUUGCUACACUGGCCCAGCGCCAGCUGCCAAGCGAAGUGGACUUUGCCAGUGUCGACCUGGACGCUCUCCAGACGCACGUUCAAAAUCAGUUGACUGCAGUGGCCGACGCUUGGCCAACAGUGCUGCUGCCCCGAAUGAUUGUGGAUACAACACGGCAUUUACUGGCCACGUCCCUCUUUGAUGACGAGCCGUCACAGCUGCCAAACGAUGGCGGUGUGGACAUUGAAGCUCAUGAAAAAGCUGUCAGGGCCAGAAUGCCCAGCAAAGAGGUGACGGAGCAGCUACUGCAGCCAUUCCUGCGCCGCCUUUCGACCAUAGACACAGUGCCUGACCGCAGCACUGCCGUCCGCCAGCAUUUUGCCGAUGAACUCAUCACGGCUUUCCGAGCGUCGGCACUGUUUCCUCCGUGCAAGUUUCGCGAGGAGAGCCGCUUGCGAAAGCAAAUUUUGCACACGCAAACUCAGUUGCGUGAAGAGCUCGCCAAAAUUGAUGUUUAUCAACGCAGCAUGGAGAAGGCUACCGAGGAGUACCGGACAUCCCAGCUUGAGGCGCUUGCACAGGAGGUCCAGGAUCUACAUGCAGGCUUUGACCGUCGGGUGCUCGCCGUGCCUCCCGGCUGUGCCGUUGACCCAGCCGCAGUACAAGCCUUUCGGCAGUGGCUAGCCGAUCAGGAACGACAGUCGCGUCAGCAGAUUGAGGAAAGAGUGCAGCGCCAGGUUACAAGCAAUGCCCAGGCUUUGGAUGACGCUCGUCGCGAUGUCAAUCAGAAGGUGCAGAAGUUCAUCCAAGGAAUCGAACAUACACUGCAGGUGGAGCCAGAAAAGCGACUCAUGGGCAUCCUCUCGGAAAAAGCUUCAGCAUAUUCAUCUCAGCUUGCGGAUGGAAUUGUCCAGCUUCAUGCCCGCCAGUCGGCUAUCAUUUUCCUUGACGACAAGACGAUAAAGGGAAGAGUCGUGUCUCGCUGCUUGGGCGUGGCGGAUCGGAGCUUCCUCAAUGGGCAUCAGGAGGAUCCGAGGAUCAUAGGGGGCUGCGGGGUCAGCCUUGAGGACCUAGAGGACAGCCCGCUUUUAGCCACCACCCUAUCGACCGCUCAGGCACAACACCUGCGCGUAAGCCUCGCGCUCAAGACCUCUGCGGGAUCCAGCACAGACGUGAACGCCCAAGCUGUGGGUGCAACUGUGACCCGGCUAGAUUUGGAGAAUGGCCAAUCUGCACUGGCUUUUCGCUGUCCGACUGAGAACGGAUGCCUUGCGUCGCCCUCUGAAGCCACGCUUUGGCGAGCAUGCACCCACGACGGCCGCGGGCACGUGACACCCGGACUUGGGCUAGUCAUGGCAGAAGCUCGAGCGCUCAUCGGCGACUGCCUCGAGCAUGACGACUCGGUUGCUGAGGUAAAGGCAAAGCUAUUGACGCUUGUAAAGCAAUCACCCAGCGUGGUCUCAAGCCUUUCGCAGCUGGCUGCCGAAACGGAGCCUGCUACGGGCGCAACCCUGCUCCACGUGGCGGCAGCCUUUGCUUGCCCUAACGCCACCGAAGUGCUAUUGGAAGCAGGCGCCAAUGCAAUGGCGACGGACAACGAGCAGGCCACGCCACUGCACUACGCCGCCGCUGCCGCGGCAGCUUUGCUGGAAGAAGGCUCGCGCGGCAGUGCUAACGACCCUGACACCAGCCCACACCAGGCUGUUGGCAAUUUUGCAGGGGAGCAUGAGGCACCAGAGCUGGCAACAGUACGGCUUUUGGUGAAUGCGGGCGCAUCGCCUUUUGUAAGACAAGGCGCGGGCCUAACGCCACUUUUCGUCGCCUGUCAGGGAAAUGCUGCCGCCACGGCUCUGGCCAUGCUGGAUACACACAAGGCUGGUGGUGGGUGUGACGUCAAUGUGGGCCCGGACUCGGACAUGAUGCCCCUCCACUGCGCCGUAGCCCACGACAUGGCGGCCGUGGCAGCUCGCCUUGUCCAAUGCGGAGGGAGCUUGGAACGGCGGCGGCGUGCCGAUGGUGCCUCUCCAUUCCUCUACGCAUGCAUGCGAGCGUCCCAUUCAACACUGGACGCUAUGCUCUCUGCGGCCAAGAAUGUACCGGACAUUGACCACAUGCUGGAGGGAAAUUACAACUGCCUGCACUGCCUUGCCGCCUAUUCUGGCAACAAGUCCUUGGCCAGCUGCUCCGACCUCCUUCAAUCUGCCCAGGUCCUCCAAGCGGUUUACAAGGGUGCCAGCUGGCGGAGUCUCUGCUGCCAAAAGGACAGCAACGGUCGGACACCAGCAGAACUCGCACUGGGCAGUGGUCUGCCAGAACUUGCCAUGUUACUUGGCGAGCAGCUGGACGCCGAUUCUGAGUUGCGAUGCUUACAGGCCGCCCUGGCUGCGGGAGCUGAAAGUUUUCUACGGGCCCACGCAGGACGCUUGCCACCAGAUCUUGCCCGUGGGUGUGUGAAGCGCGGCUUCCGUCUCAUGUAUUCUCCUCAAAAGACAGAAAAGAUCGUGAGUGAUGCCCUGAAUGCCCAUACUGGCGAACAGGAUGCAACCUUGCUGCUUACAGCCGUAGCACAAACACGGCAAGCCGUUCUGUUGCGCACCAUUCUGGAAAAGCAGCACAAGGGCAAACUACAGGUGGCCGAGUUCCUCAGACUCGCGGCAAUAGCCAAUGACGUCUCCCUUGUGAGCGAGACUUUACCAAAGGCGGACCAAGCGGCCAUGCACGCAUCGCUUUGCGCCGCACUGCGGCAGGCAUCCUUGAUGGCUGCCAGCCUGCUAGCCGACAAGCUGAAUUUUACAGUGCUCGCCAAGCCGCAGAUUGCCGAGGUUGUGGAAGCCGCCAUAUUGUCACAAAAUCGGGACGGUUGGGCCCUCAUCGCACGCUUCGUAGCGCCGGAUGAUAUGCAGCAGCUUCCGUCGUGUCGGAAUGGCAACGCACUGCACUUGGCCGUGACCAGUGGAGCCACCAUCCUCAUCCCAGCCAUCGCUGCUGCCGGGGUAUCGAGCGAGCAGCUUGACGACGAUGGGCGCUCACCGCUCGAGCUCGCCGUGGCCAUGAGUAGCCCUGCGCUUGUGGAGACGAUGUGGCGCGUUCGGCCAUCGCGGCUGCGCACUGGCGAGGACCCGGGCGUUGUCAGGGACACGGCGCCAUCUGAUGCCUCGCUUUUGACCCGCGCCAUCUGCCACGCUCUUGAGCUAAGUGAUGAGGUCAUGUUGAGAACCCUUCUGCGGCUCCCAGGUGACGGUUCCAAGGCAGAAGCCUUGUUGCGUCAAAUACCUGCAGCUGAGAAGAGUCGGCUUCUUCGCCACAGCAUUGACACGGGGGCUCUUGCCCUACUCAAGUUUUGCCUGGGGCUUCUCCGAUGCAUCCCGACCCCCGAUGCCGUGGCCGCUGCUGCGGUCAAGGACAGACCGGACCUUGUCGCCUCCCUCUUGGAUACCUUAGCGGGUCAGAACAACCCCAAGGUGCUAAAUGAGGCCGUGGUGGCUGCUUACGAGGCUGCUAUGGGUGUCUCAACACCCGUGUUGGGCCUCGUGCACCUUAUGGCCAACGGCAAGGUGGGGACAAGCACAUCUGCGGCGGACGCGUGUAAAAUGUGCACCACGACGCCCUCCUUGAUGCCCCUUGUGCAGGCGGAACAGCUUGCAGGGCGUCUCCGUGCUGUGCAAAACGCGAUUGAAUCAGGCACGGUCGCUGAAUUGCGACAUGCACUGAAAGAGCUCCCUGAUAAGGGUCUACACUUUCGUGACCCAGAUACGGGCAGCCCGUUGCUACACUGUCUUCUUGCCAAGCGGCGUCUCAACGCCCUGAAUGUGCUCCCGCCUGGCUACAAACUAAACUCCCUGGACUUGGGCGGCCUGAGCAGCUGGACCCUGAUGCUUCAACAGCUAUCAGCCCAGGAUAUGAAUGAAUGGCUGCAGGCUUUGUGCUUGAGUGGGCAUCAGACACGAAGUCAGCUGGCAGACGCACUUCUCUGCUCUGUAGGGGGGCAUACGCCCUUUGAGCUGGGGCGCAUGGGACUGGCUCAAACGACGGGGCUCCAAGUGCUCGCCACGCACGUGGCUGUUGGUUGUGAGGAUUCCGAGGUCGAUGCCGUGUCGACGCUGCCGGUCGUGCGCGGAGCGGGCAAAUAUGUGGGCUGCACUGCACUUCACGUGCUUUGCAGCGAGGCUGGUGCGAGUGCCGUCCAGGCGUACCUGGCGGCUCUGGAGGAAAGAGGUGCGAGCCCGGCAGUUAUGCGCCAGGUGGUGAACGCCCGAGACCGGCAGGGUCGCACUCCACUGAUGUGCCUGGCUGCUAGCCGCGGGACUGAUGUUGGGUUUGCUGCUCUUACAAGGGCCGGCGCGGAGUUUGAUGCCGUGGACGGAUGCGGCCGCGGUGUGCUUCAUCACGCGAUUGCGGCCAGUCACACUACAUGGCUUGGCAAUGUCCUCUUGGAUCCAACCACUGCUUCCCUGCUACCUCGCGGGCCCGAUGCCGAUGGACGGAGGCCCGCCAUGCUGGCUGCCCAGCUUGGGCUUGGUCAGGUGCUACGGCUCUUGCUGCUUCACAGGGACGAGCAAGAACACCUAUGCACGCCGGAUGUGUGGGGCCACACGGCGCUCACCCUGGCUGCUAGCGAAGGUCAUGACGACCUUGUGUGUAUGUUGGUAGAUGACUAUGGUGUAGACCCGGAUGCUGUGUGUGAGGGGCCGCUCAAGGUUGACAUUCAGCAGCGUUCCAUGAGCAGCAGCGGACUUGCCGCAAAGGCAGGUAUGACUGCAAUUCACCUGGCAGCGCAGCGGGGCCACAUGCCCGUCGUGCGUGCCCUUCAUCAUCGUGGUGUUUCAGUGUCAAGGCCCAAUGUACAUGGACAAACUGCGCUGCAGCUGCUCUUGAGCGCCGGGCGUGCGGAUGCCAUUGACCUCCUGUCACCGACACAGCUCAUGGCGGUGGCCAACGAGCCACAAAUGGGCGCCAGCCUCUUAUCCGCCGCCGCACGCGGCAACCUAUCCACCACAAUUCUUAAUUUGGUCCACCUUGCCGGCAUCGCAGUUGAUGCCGCCGAUGCCAAGACGUUGAUGACACCGCUACAUGUAGCCGCAGCCACAGGUGCGCUGCAGUCCGUACGUGCUCUCCUCGACCUCGACGCAGAUUUUCUGGCUUGUGACUGCCAAGGUCGCACGCCGCUGCACAUGGCAAUUGAGUGUCGACAGCCAGACGCAGCCGCAGAGCUUCUACGGGCCGCACUGGAGGAGGGUGAAAUAAAACGGCUUUGUGCCGCGACGACUGCCGAUAUUGUGGGUGGGGCAACAGCAUUGCAUGUGGCAGCCGAGGCAAACGAUGUGGCCACAACUGCACGCCUAUUGCGAGCUGGGGCUGAUGUCAAUAAGCCUGACGCCCGUGGGAACACACCAGCUCUCUGUGGCUUGCGGCGCCACGGUGAUGGUGGUGACCUGAGAGUGCUCCAGCUUCAUGUUGCUUAUGGCGACGAGAGCCUGGCGUCACGUGUUAAGUUACCGUCAAACCACGGCAAGGAGGCGGCGGCGUUGCUUGAACGCUUGAGGUAUGAGAAACCCCUGGUCAAGCCGGGCGAGCCACAUCCACACCCACGGCGGCGUCUGUAUCUUGAGCCGGAUGACGUUACCCACGCUGGGGACAUUCGACCACUUCUCCGCCGCGCCUUAGAAAGGAGCAGCAGCCAACUAAUGGAGCUGGCGCAGGUACAACUAAGGUCCGACACCAGCAAUGAUGGCCCCAAGACGACCGGAAACACGCCGAUCGCAGAAAGCGCUGGCGCCACCUCAAGCACGUGGCUAGAUGUUGCCCAGGAAAGCGACUCGUGUCUUGCGGAAUACUUUGUUGCGGUGACCGAAACCACGGGAGCUGAAGACCUCCUUGAGACUCAAACGCCAGCUGUCAUGACGGUGGCAGAGCGGCGUUUGGCUGUGCGGCAAGCCUGCCAGGGACUCUUGCAAGCCCAUUGGCACUUUGGGGCAGAGGGUACCAAAAUUGCGGUGGAACACCUCAACUCAACCAACCUCACAGCCAAAGACGUAUCUCUGACCGCGCUCUGGCCGGGCAGGAAGACUGCCAAGCAAGCUCUCCUUGUCAGAUGCAUUGCCGAAGCUGCACGUGGGCCUUGUGAAGCCGAUGUACUUCAAUUUGGACUGGACGCCAUGCUUCGCUGCGCACCCGAUAGCUUAAGCGCGGCCGGCGCUAGUGCACUUGGUUUAGUGCUGAACCAACUGGUCUGUGUUGGAGGCUCUCUCUGGCUUGGCUUUGUGUGCACUAGCGGCGCGGCGGGGGGCGCACUGGCUGAUUUGACGGGUUUUGCACAGGAUACUAUGGAUCUUUUGUCGGCGUGCCAGGAUGAGGCUUCCUCCCUCAGGGCGCUCAAGUCGCUAAUCCCUAACGCACUAGCACGAGGCGCAGCUCGGAUAGAGUGCAAGAAGCAUCGUGCACGGGUUCCAGCGGUAUCACCCAAGCCAAGUGCAAAGGGCCCGGCAGUAUCACCCAAGCCAAGUGCGAAAGGGCCGGCAGUAGCACCCAAGCCAAGUGCGAAAGGGCCGGCAGUAGCACCCAAGCCAAGUGCGAAAGGGCCGGCAGUAGCACUCAAGCCAAGUGCAAAAGGGCCGGCAGUAGCACUCAAGCCAAGUGCGAAAGGGCCGGCAGUAGCACCCAAGCCAAGUGCGAAAGGGCCGGCAGUAGCACCCAAGCCAAGUGCGAAAGGGCCGGCAGUAGCACCCAAGCCAAGUGCGAAAGGGCCGGCAGUAGCACUCAAGCCAAGUACGAAAGGGCCGGCAGUAGCACCCAAGCCAAGUGCAAAGGGGCCGGCAGCGGCGGCACGUGGCGUCAAUCUGGACCGAGCAGCUGGGUCAGCCAACACAAAGCAUGCGCAAAUAACCUCGACUCCACACCUCAAAGACUUACGCGCAGCUGCACAGCAAGCUUUGGCCGUGGCGCUAGCCAGCGCCUUUCCGGACCAUGACGUCGAGCAUGUGGAGCAGUCGUUUGCUAAGGACGUCUCCCACCCUCUCUCUCCAGACGUGCUUGCCCACUGCACAAUGUUGUUUGACACGAUCGAAAAAGCGGAGCAGCGGUUGUCGGCGAUGGACAUGAGCGGUGUGGUAGCGGAGGCGCGACAGCUUGGACAGCAUCUAGCCAAGCGCCCUGGUUGCGGUUUUCCUCACUCCACGGACGACGAGGGCUGGAAGCAAUGUGCUCACCUGCUAGCUGUACUUCGUGUCACGGCACGUCGGCGUCUAGGCGUGCGGCCGUAUACAACACAGUUGUUUUCCCUCCUUGCCCUCCUUCAUGGCAUGGAUGCCGAUGGCGAAGGGCUGCAAGGUCGCGUGGCGCAAAUUCGUACAGGGGAGGGCAAGUCGCUGCUGUUGGCUCUUCUUGUCGCAUACCUUGCCCUGUGCGGACGCACCGUGGACGUUGUGACCAGCUCGGACGGUCUAGCCACUCGUGAUCAGGCAGAAUUUGCAUCCUUUUAUGAAGAGUUUGGCCUACGUGGGGCACACAUCUGCCGAGAGGAGCCGCAGCCUGAGCACUUUGAAGCCCCCAUUGUCUACGGCACGAAUGCGGCAUUUGAGUUUGGCGUGCUGCGGGCGAUGUUAGGCUGGCCAGGUGCGGCUGUUGCGAGCAACGGUGCGCCACGUCUGCGCGAUGUUGUUGUAGUGGAUGAGGUGGACAACAUGCUGAUUGACACGGCCUUGUCGCCAGCGCGCCUCGCCCGGCCGCGGCUGCAUGAUUGGACCUGGCUGUACGAGCCUAUCUGGCAUUUUGUGGAGAAGGUUUUGAACGCGGAGAGUACCAGCGCACCAUGCUCUCGGCUUCGGAGCCACCUGAACAGUGUGCUGCUGCCAAGCCUUCGCGAACAGCUUGCCGACGUUCCAGAUGAUGACUUGGGACGCCUCGUUGCCUCAGCACUGGCGGCACGUAGCAAGAAGCGCAACGUCGACUAUGUGGUGCAGAAUGACGAGGUGUUGAUUGUGGAUUGGGCCCAUACAGGUCAGUUGCAGCACGGGUCGCGAUGGUCCGGCGGCGUUCAUCAGUUUGUCGAAGUGAAGGAGGGGUUGGAACCGAAGAGCGAGUCCUUGACUGUCGCCUCGCUCGCACACCCGUCCUUCUUCAACGGAUAUCGAAAGCUCGUGGGGGUCUCCGGUACCAUUGGGUCUGUGGGAGAGCGCAGCGAAAUUGGUAAAAUGUACAACACGUCCAGCUUUGAUGCACCCACGCACCGCACUCGCCUGCUAAAGCAACUGCCGACGAUCCUGGUGGAUGGUGACUAUGAGAAGGUAUACCUCCCUCGGCUUUGUGAGGAGGUGGUGCGAGCCGCAAGUGGGGAACAGGCACGGCCUGUAUUGGUACUGUGCGCGACGCUUCGGAGCGCGCAGCAGGUGACUGCCGCGCUGGCUAGGUCGUCUGCUGCCGGGUCCUGGGCCCGCCUCCAGCAGCUUACCAAGGUGCAAGCGGAGGACGAAGCGCUCAUUGUUCUUCGUGCUGGAAAGCCCGGGACGGUGACUGUGGCUACCAAUGCUGCCGGGCGCGGGACGGACGUGCGGCUAGCCUCCGAAAGCAUCCGAUCCGGGGGCUUACAUGUGCUCAUAACGUUCCUUCCGGCCAAUCUGCGCGUGGAGGAGCAAGGCCUGGGCCGUGCCGGUCGGCAAGGCCAACCAGGAACCGGGUGUCUUUUCAUCCACACGGGUGGUACAGAUCAGCUCGUUCAUACCCUAACUCAAGGCACGCGCUGCGCAUCAACGCUGGGGGUCAAGCAGCUUUUCACCCUACGCGAGGCGUACAUUGAAGCACAGUCUGAGGCACGCAUGCGACGCGCUGCGUUGGAGCGCCGGCUUUAUGGCCUGCUAUACCGAUUCUCGCAAUGCCUGUCCCAGUUUCGCUGCAUAACAGUCGGGGCGAUGGAGCAAGCUGCUGGUAUGCCGAAGAGCAGUGCACCCGCGCUGACUAAAGCCCUGUGCCAGCUUCGCGGGAAGGCUGCACCAGAAGAAGAGCCUUUGCUGUAUCAGGCGGAGGGGCUUCGAGCCCGGGCCGGCGUGGUGCUCGAAGAGGCUUGGGCGGUGUUCUUCUCGCAACAGUGCCAAGUGACCGCCAGCAAGGAUGAUGCCUACGUGGAGGACCAAUUCAAAGUCUGGGCUCAACAGUGGCUCCCGGAUGAUGCCGUCAUGUGGUUACGUGGAAUUCUACUGAUGCCGGGGCAUGAGGAAGCUUGA